GUUCCUGAUUCUCUGUGGGUUCUUUCCUGCAGAGGACAAUUCUCUUCCUGUCCCAGCCUAAGCUUGGGGGGCUGAGCCCAGGGCUCCAGUGGUUUGUGCCCCAGCCUCAUGGGUGGAAUGCGCCUGCCACCCCCAGGCUAGACGAGGGGGCUAAGGGUCAGGGUGGGCAUUCGUUGUACCCCUUUUCGACCUUUGUAGGCCACAGUUGGGUGAGGGGCUGGACAAUGAGCCUCCUCUUCCUUGAAAGAAGGAAUUUUGGUGGAGACAAUAGGGCCCUGUCUACUCUCGCAUGGGGGGUGGUGGCUGACUCAACUCUGCCCCCCACCCCAGGCCCUAACAAAUGUCAUCAAGAAACGGGGAAAUUUCCCCGUGGUGCCCUGGGCUGUCCCCCUGCCGCCCUUGGCCUUUUGUGACGACUUGCCCUCCUUUCUUUCUUCAGCUGGUCUUGCCUCUUCUCCCAUCACCUGACCCUGCUUUUCUCUGCCAGUUCUGUCUCCCUGCCCCCCACUUCUCCCCCAGUCGGUGUUGGGAUGAGGGGUGUGGCAAGGGCCAGGGGUACCAGUGGUGUUACAGAGCCAGUAGCCUCUGCUGAUUUGGGGAGUCCAGAAAUAAGGGGCCUCAGAGGGUUGGAAAUUUACUUCUAGGGGGCCCUUCGCUGGGGUGGUGGUGAGGGUAGUGGGACUUGGAGCCCACUGAGCGGAUCAAGCAGGAACUAUGAAGGCUUGUGGGAGGGGGCAAGAAUGGGAGGAUUUUGUCUGGCCCAGCCCCUCCUCUCCUUCCCAGCCUGCCCAACCCGCCCACCAGUCUGAGCUGCUGCUGCUGAGGCUGGUCUGCUUGAAGUCUCCCGGAGAGAGGGAAAGACAGGUGGGGAGACCAUGUCAGUGGGGGAGGAGCCUUAGAAUGAGUGUGAGUUGUGUCCGUGUUGGAGGUAGUAGGGAUGUAUUUAAGGUGCAUUUUCUAGGUGCAUGGUUUUGGGUGCGAGGGGGUGUAAUGGUGAAUAUCUGAGGCUUCGAAGAUAGAAAACUUAAGACAGAAGAGGGCAUGUUACAGAUAGGAGGGUCCUGGGGGAGAGUUAACUGUGUUGUGCAGAGGGGAGGUGGAGGGAGUGUGUUGGGGUGUGCCCUUGCAUGAUGCUGCGGGGACCGUGUGCGCUGAACGAAGGGGUCACGUUAAAUGUACAUGCAGGUGUAGACGAUGCUGGUGGCUAGUGCAAGUGUGUACAAAUGAACGUGCUGACUCCCUUAGAGGGCACUAGCCGACUGCUCUUGGAGGGGCUGGAGCUGGAGAGCUUACAGGAGAGGGGAAGGGCCUCCAUUAACCUCUUCUUGCCUGCAGCCUGCAGAGUUUGGAGUCAAGGAGAAUCAUGGGGUCCAGGGAUGAGCUGUACACUCUCUUAGGCGGACUCUCGUUCCUCCUGCUACUGAUGUCAGUCCAGGGGGCCAAGGGUGGAUCCCUUAAAGAGAGGUGAUGACAGAGGGGGCGGGGGCAGGUAUGAGGUCUUCAGGAAACCGGCUGGGGAUGGGACUUCAACAAGUGGCAAAACCAUGAAGUUUAGAAUGGGGGUGGGGCUGUCACCCCCAGGGAGGGUGGGCCCUCAGUGGAGCCUUGAGGGGAGGGGGAUUCCUGGCCCCCAGGGCCUGGCCCACUCAGUGUCUGUCUCUCACCUUCUCCGGCCUGGGUGCAGUCAGGGGGUCUGCUCCAAGCAGAUGCUGGUGGUCCCCCUCCACUACAACGAGUCCUACAGCCAACCAGUGUAUAAGCCCUACCUGACUGUGUGCAAUGGAAGGCGAAUCUGCAGCACCUACAGGACCACAUACCGAGUGGCGUGGAGGGAGGUGAGGAGGGAGGUGCCGCAGACCCACGUUGUGUGCUGCCAGGGCUGGAAGAAGCGGCAUCCGGGGGCGCUCACCUGUGAUGAAGCCAUCUGCGCCAAGCCCUGUCUGAACCGAGGCGUCUGUGUCAGGCCAGAGCAGUGCGAGUGCGCCCCGGGCUGGGGUGGGAAGCACUGUCACGUGGACGUGGAUGAAUGUAGGACUGGUGUCACCCUCUGCUCGCACCAUUGCAUCAACACGGCAGGCAGCUUCACCUGCCGCUGUCCCCGAGGUCUGGUGUUGGGCCCAGAUGGGCGCACCUGCACAGAGGGCACCCUGGAGCCCCCAACCGGUGCCAGCGUCCUCAGCGUGGCGGUUCGGGAAGCAGAACAUGAGCGCGUCUUGAGGCGGGAGAUCCGGGAGCUGCGAGCGCGCCUAGAGCGGCUGGAGCACUGGGCUGGUCAGGCUGGGGCCUGGGUCCGAGCUGUGCUGCCCAUGCCACCGGAAGAGCUACAGCCGGAAAAGGUGGCAGAGCUAUGGGGCCGCAGUGACAGGAUCGAGUCUCUCAGCGACCAGGUGCUGCUGCUGGAGGAGAGGCUAGGCGCCUGCUCCUGUGAGGACAACAGCCUGGGCCCAGGCCUCAAUGGGCCAAAAAGGAACCUCUCCAGAGCUCCGGUCCCCUAAUUUAUACAGAAACUGGCCCUGCUAAUCCUGUGGGAUCGGCCAGGUGGGGAAGUGCAGAUAAGG